AGAGAAAAGCAGGAGUGAGGAGUCUGGGCAGCGGCUUGCCCCGGACCCCAGGCCUCUGGACGCCGCAGUGGACAUGGGUGGCGCUCUGGGGUCAGCCCUGCUGCUCACCUCACUCCUCGGGGCCUGGGCAGGGCUGGGCCCGGGUCAGGGUGAGCAAGCUGUGACAGUGGCCGUGGUGUUUGGCAGCUCGGGGCCACCACACGCCCAAGUUCGCACCCGCCUCACCUCCCAGAGCUUCAUGGACCUGCCUCUGGAGAUCCAGCCGCUCACCGUGGGCGUCAACAACACCAACCCCAGCAGCCUCCUCACCCAGAUCUGCGGGCUCCUCGGGGCGGCGCGCGUCCACGGCAUUGUCUUUGAGGACAACGUGGGCACCGAGGCCGUGGCGCAGAUCCUGGACUUCAUCUCCUCCCAGACCCAUGUGCCUAUCCUCAGCAUCAGUGGGGGCUCGGCUGUGGUCCUCACCCCCAAGGAGCCGGGCUCCGCCUUCCUGCAGCUGGGCGUGUCCCUGGAGCAGCAGCUGCAGGUGCUGUUCAAGGUGCUGGAGGAGUACGACUGGAGCGCGUUCGCCGUGAUCACCAGCCUGCACCCGGGGCACGCGCUCUUCCUGGAGGGGGUGCGCGCCGUGGCCGACGCCAGCUACCUGAGCUGGCGGCUGCUGGACGUGCUCACGCUGGAACUGGGCCCGGGCGGGCAGCGCGCGCACAUCCAGCGCCUGCUGCGCCAGGUCGACGCCCCGGUGCUGGUGGCCUACUGCUCGCGCGAGGAGGCCGAGGUGCUCUUCGCCGAGGCGGCACAGGCCGGUCUGGUGGGGCCCGGACACGUGUGGCUGGUGCCCAGCCUGGCGCUGGGCAGCACCGACGCGCCCCCCGCCGCCUUCCCCGUGGGCCUCAUCAGCGUCGUCACCGAGAGCUGGCGCCUCAGCCUCCGCCAGAAGGUCCGCGACGGCGUGGCCAUCCUGGCUCUGGGCGCCCACGGCUACCAGAGGCAGCAUGGUGCCCUGCCAUCCCCGGCUGGGGACUGCCGUGGCCAUCCCGGGCCUGUCAGCCCUGCCCGGGAGGCCUUCUACAGGCACCUACUGAACGUCACCUGGGAGGGCCGAGACUUCUCCUUCAGCCCGGGUGGGUACCUGGUCCAGCCCACCAUGGUUGUGAUCGCCCUCAACCGCCACCGCCUCUGGGAGAUGGUGGGGCGCUGGGACCACGGCGUCCUCCACAUGAAGUACCCAGUGUGGCCUCGCUAUAGCGCAUCUCUCCAACCUGUUGUGGACAGCCGGCACGUGACAGUGGCCACGCUGGAAGAGCGGCCCUUUGUCAUUGUGGAGAGCCCUGACCCCGGCACAGGCGGCUGUGUGCCCAACACCGUGCCUUGCCGCAGGCAGAACAACCAAACCUUCAGGUCCGCGAGAAUGUGCGGGAAGGCAGCUGUGUGCUGCCGCGCGAUGGCAGCCGUGUGUGGUUUGCGCUUGGGUGAGGGGGGUUGGGGGCCAUCUGCCAAACCGGGAGGAGCUGCGGGCUCUGACUUCUGGUGGUCUCUUGGUGGCAGCAGCGGUGACACAGCCCCCUACACCAAGCUUUGCUGUAAGGGUUUCUGCAUUGACAUCCUCAAGAAGCUGGCCAAGGUGGUCAAGUUCUCCUAUGACCUGUACCUGGUGACCAAUGGCAAGCAUGGCAAGAGGGUUCGGGGCGUGUGGAACGGCAUGAUCGGGGAGGUGUACUACAAGCGGGCAGACAUGGCCAUCGGCUCCCUCACCAUCAACGAGGAGCGCUCCGAGAUUGUGGACUUCUCUGUGCCCUUCGUGGAGACAGGCAUCAGCGUGAUGGUGGCCCGCAGCAAUGGCACCGUCUCCCCGUCGGCCUUCCUGGAGCCCUACAGCCCUUCUGUGUGGGUGAUGAUGUUCGUUAUGUGUCUCACUGUGGUGGCCAUCACAGUCUUCAUGUUUGAGUACUUCAGCCCAGUCAGCUACAACCAGAACCUCACCAGUGGCAAGAAGUCUGGGGGCCCAUCCUUCACCAUCGGCAAGUCUGUGUGGCUGCUGUGGGCGCUGGUCUUCAACAACUCGGUGCCCAUCGAGAACCCCCGAGGCACCACCAGCAAGAUCAUGGUCCUAGUCUGGGCCUUCUUUGCUGUCAUCUUCCUCGCCAGCUACACCGCCAACCUUGCUGCCUUCAUGAUCCAGGAGCAAUACAUUGACACUGUGUCCGGCCUCAGUGAUAAGAAGUUUCAGCGGCCUCAGGACCAGUACCCACCCUUCCGCUUUGGCACGGUGCCCAAUGGCAGCACGGAGCGGAACAUCCGCAGCAACUACCGAGACAUGCACACCCACAUGGUCAAGUUCAACCAGCGGUCGGUGGAAGACGCCCUCACCAGCCUCAAGAUGGGGAAGCUGGACGCCUUCAUCUACGAUGCCGCUGUCCUCAACUACAUGGCGGGCAAGGACGAGGGCUGCAAGCUGGUCACCAUUGGCUCUGGCAAGGUCUUUGCUACCACUGGCUACGGCAUCGCCAUGCAGAAGGACUCCCACUGGAAACGGGCCAUAGACUUGGCGCUCCUUCAGUUCUUGGGGGAUGGGGAGACCCAGAAGCUGGAGACAGUGUGGCUCUCAGGGAUCUGCCAGAACGAGAAGAACGAGGUCAUGAGCAGCAAGCUGGACAUCGACAACAUGGCUGGCGUCUUCUACAUGCUGCUGGUGGCCAUGGGGCUGGCCCUGCUGGUCUUUGCCUGGGAGCACCUGGUCUACUGGAAACUGCGCCACUCAGUGCCCAGCACGCCUCGGCUGGACUUCCUGCUGGCCUUCAGCAGGGGCAUCUACAGCUGCUUCAGCGGGGUGCAGAGCCUGGCCAGCCCCGCGCGGCCCCCCAGCCCGGACCUGACCGCCGGCUCGGCCCAGGCCAGCGUGCUCAAGAUGCUGCAGGCGGCACGCGACAUGGUGACCACGGCGGGCGUGAGCAGCUCCCUGGACCGCGCCGCGCGCACCAUCGAGAGUUGGGGCGGCGGCCGCCGCGCGCCCCCGCCGCCCGCCUGCCCCGGCCCGCGGCCGCCCACCCCCGGCCCGUCCCCUGAGCCCAGCCCCACGGGCUGGGGACCGGCAGGCGGGGGCCGCGCCGCGCCGGGGCGCAGAGCCCCGCAGCCCCCGGGCCGCCCCCCGACGCCCAGGCCGUCGCUGCCCGACGUCUCCCGGGUGUCGGGCUGGGCCGCUCGGGAGGCGCGGCAGCAGUUGCCGGUCGGGCGCGGCGGGCGGCUCCUCUCGGGCUCCGAGCGGCGCGCGCUCCCAGAGCGCCCCCUGUCCCCGGAACGCUGCCACUACAGCUCCUUCCCUCGAGCCGACCGGUCCGGGCGCCCCUUCCUCCCGCUCUUCCCGGAGCCCCCGGCGCCAGAGGACCUGCCGCUACUCGGGCCGGAGCAGCUGGCUCGGCGGGAGGCCCUGUUGCGCGCGGCCUGGGCCCGGGGCUCACGCCCGCGCCACGCUUCCCUGCCCAGCUCGGUGGCCGAGGCCUUCGCCUGGCCCAGGUCUCUGCCCGUGGGGUGCGGCCACCCGGCCUGUGUGCACUUGGCGCCGGCGCCGGCGAUGAGGCUGCCGUCCUACCGGGAGGCCUGCCAGGAGGGCGUGUGGGCCAGGGUCCCCGCCUGGCCGCACAGACAGCACGCCUGCCUGCACGCCCACGCCCACCUGCCGCUUUGCUGGGGGGCUGUGUGCCCCCCUCUGCCACCCUGUGCCAGCCACAGCCCCUGGCUCACUGGGGCCUGGGGGCCUCCGGGGCACAGGGGCAGGACCCUGGGGCUGAGCACAGGCUACAGGGACAGUGCGGGGCUGGAAGAGGUCAGCAGGGUGGCCUGUGGGACACACGGCUUCCCUGGACCUUGUACCUGGAGGCGGAUCUCCAGCUUAGAGUCAGAAGUGUGAGGGGUCAACGACGGUGGUUCCUGGUCAGCUGGAUUGUCUGCCUGGCGCUGUCAGGGUUAAUGGGGCAGGUGACGUGGACUUUUCUGGCUUCUGCCUUGAAAUCCUGGCUGUGGCCCCCCAGCGACAGAUGUCUUCCACGGUCAGUUCGGUGACCUCGGCAGUCUCAGGUCCUGGCAUGGGCUGGGUGGACUCUUGCUGUCCUCUCAUGCAAAGCCCUUCCCACCUGUCCUGGAGUCACCAGGAGCAGUGGGAUCUCCCUGACCUGCCCUUAGCUGUUCUUAGUCAUGAUUGCUGGGGGCCUGGUGUGGGGGAGCAUGGAGACUGGAACCCCAGGGUUGGGGCAGGGCUGUCCCACUCCUUGCUCUCCCUGUCCGGAGUUUCUUCUCAGAGCAUCUGGGGCAUUAAACAAAUCUUUUAC